UUGAUUACAAAAUUUCCAUUCUUAAGAGAUGGCAGUUCAUCUGGACAUGAGACAUUGUUAGAGUGCCUCCGUAACAAAUUCAAGAAGGAAAGGAUUCCACUUGUGCACAACUCCACAGUCCUCCAAAUGAAAAAAAAGUAUGGAACCAAAAAACGAAUGGUGGAGCAAACAUCCUAUGUGGACACUACCAUCGAACCUGAGCUGGCAAAAAGGAGAGCAGAAUUACUGGAUUAUUCAGCAUCACACAGUAACUCCAGUUCCUCGCUUGAGGUUUUAGAGCUGGAAGCAGUUGGAGAGGAUGACACCAGUUAUCAAGAGCACCUGAAUUUCAUCUUAAGGGAGUUGGCCAAGAAGCAACCAAAUUUGGCAGAAAUUAAAAUCAGGAUGAGGAGGACGCUAUUUAAGCGCAUUGAAGCAAUGACUCUCCCAACAAAGAAAGUCAUGGAGAUUUUUCCAUUUCUUGGCAUCCCACAGCUAAUGCAACAUGAGAUGCAAAUGAAAUUUGGGAUAGACAUGGACAGGAGCUUGCAAACUGCAAUACACGAGUUGGCCCCAAGAAUCAUCAGGGUGGUGAAGGAGGGCAGCCAGAAAAGGUUUUCACCCUCCCUCCUUGAGCCAACAAAUGAGAGAUUAGAAGAUGCUGCACUGCUGUUGCUGCCGGAACUCUUCAAGGAGAAAACUGAGUUUUUAUACUCUGUUGAAGAUGAAGUCCACCCCUGCCCAACUGUCGUUUUCCAUGGCUCCCUCAAUGUGCUCAAGGCAGACACCAUCAGCAUCAGGCUCGAUGGACUAACAUUAACCACUGGGAAAAUGACCAUAGCCGAGGCACUCGAGUACCUCUUCAGCACUUAUUUCCUGUUCAAUGUAUCAUAUCCCGCCCCUCUUGUAAAUACUUUAACAUUCAUUCAGAUAUUUUUAUUCCAACUCUGUCCUAACAAGAAAAAAAUCCCCAUCCCUGUUCUUAAAAUGUACAACCAUUUUAUGUCAUUUGAUUAAAUAUCCCCUUUAUUCCCUCGAUAAAUUAUAUCUUUCUAUCUUUCUUUCUUUUUUCUUAUACUGUAGCUUGUUACAAUAA